AUGCCAAAAAAGUUCUUCCCCGUCGCUGCGUCGACAGCGCAGCUACCUCCGCUCUUGGAGCGUAACCGAGACCGCAUCGAGCUUCAGCCGCACGAUUUGAUCGAGCGGUUCAGAGCCAUCGACGGAGGCCGAGUGAAUGCACUAGAUGGCCGCGCAUGUUCCUUUAUCCACAGCUGGAGCAUCGCGCCGGAUGUCGCAUCGGACGGCGGCGAGGGACGCCCCUUAAAAUGGAAAGCGAGCCCCGUUGGGCCUGCCCUAUGA